GGAAAUGAAAAUUCUCAAGCACUCUUUCCCUCCUCCUACAACUAAAUAAAGAAACAAAUAACAAAACAAAAACUAACCAAAGAUUAUAGAACAACACUCUCUUCCUCCAUUCCCACACUCACACAGACACACUCUCUCUCUCUCUUCAACUUCCCUCUGUAAAAACCCUACAUCACCUUCUGAGCCCGACAAAAAGCCCGGUUUUCAGUCGAACAAACAAAAACAAUAACACUAAAAUGUUUUAUUCCCAUACUUUUCUGGCCCGAAAAGGCCCGUUGGGUACUGUUUGGUGUGCUGCUCAUCUUCAACACAAACUCAAGAAAUCUCAUUAUGCUUCCACUAAUAUCCCCUCCACUGUUGAGCGAAUUAUCUUUCCAGAAGUACCAAUUGCUUUGAGAAUGUCUGGACAUCUAUUGUUGGGUGUUGUUCGGAUAUAUUCGAAACAAGUUGAUUACCUUCACCAUGACUGCAAUGUUCUUUUCGUGAGUUUGAGGAAUGCCUUCCGUCAUGUUAAUGUCAAUUUGCCUGAAAAUGCUACUCAGGCUCAAUUCAAUGCGAUCACCUUGCCAGAGACUUAUGCACUUGAUGCUUUAGACAUUGAUGACGACUUGUCCGUUAUCAAUGAGUCCCAAGAUGACCACCUUAGGAGUCUAGAGGAAAUAACACUCAAAGAUCAAUAUCAUCCUGCUGAGAGCGAGCUUUAUGUCAGGAUUACAUUCGAUGAUGAUAUCAUUCCAGACUCAACGCAAUCUGAGCAAGUGCAGGGUGAUCCGAUGCAGAUAGAUGAUCCUCCUGAAAUAUCUGUUCCUCUUAGUCCUCCUAUGCAAAUUGAUGAUCGCAACCAAAAUGAUGGGAAUGGGAGGUCUGAAGGUGAAGACCUUCCGCCAUAUGAGGUCAUGCGUGAUAAUGAUGACAAUGAUGUCCAGUUGCACAGCCCAAUCCUACGGCCACCUGAUGGAAAUGUUGAUCCUAAACCAAACAUAUCUCCUCCAAAAGACACGACUGAGAAGGGAAUUGAUACGCUGCUGUUAUUAGAUACAUCUACGCAAGAGAUUUCGCAUCAAUCCUUGCAGCAUGAAGGGCCUUCAUCUCCUACUACUGAAGCUUAUGGGGUUUCUGGUUCUUUUGUUAAUGUAUCACCGACAGAGCUGUUACUCCGUCCAACUCCUUCUGCUGAGAAGCCUCAGCCUCAGCCUCAGCCUCAACAGAGAAAAAGAAAGAGAACGCAGAACUUUGAUGAGUCUCUGGUUUUGACCAAUGCGGUUUUGAAAAAUAUGCUCGACAAUUGUUCUGAUUUAGUGAAGAAAAAAAAGAAGUUGCCUUGUUCUGCCUUAGAAUUAUGGAGGUUUAAGGAGAAGAUUAAGAAGAAUGAAGAGGUUUUCUCAGAGCCCCUGAUAUCUGGGAUGUGUGCCAAUCUCCAAAAUCUUUCAAGAGAGGACUUUAUUUCUUCAAACCCAAAAUUGCUUGUGACAGAAGCAGCUCAAUUGGAGUCUAGGGGUGCAGAAUCUAGUGCACCUGCUCCUAAUGCUGGUGAGGAAACUGAGCGUCUCCGAUCAGCAGAUCAUGACAUUGGACACAACUUUGAGCAAAUGUUUCCUGCUUCCACACCAAUAUCGUCUCCAAAGUCCCUUGGAAAUGCAGAGACUUCCACAUCCCCUAGAAUUCCAAGUUCAGUUUCAGAGCCUAGGUUUGGAACUACUGAUACCCAAUCAGAUAUGGGUAUGUUUACCCGCUCCACAGGGUUUGAGAUGGAAACACCAAUUAUGGAUUUUGGGGAGAGGACUGAGGAGUUAAGUACUGCUCUAUCAGACAUCCCGGAAUGGAGAAAUACUAUGGAAGAUGAGCUCUCUUUUUUGGAACAAGAUAACAACAGCCCCUCUGAUUCUCAAGGGACUCGUACAGGAGAUACCAUGUCUACAAGGACAAGGGCAGUGGCUCAGUAUCUGAAAGAUCAUUCUCCUCUAUCCAAGUUUCCAGAUGGUCCUUCUGAAGAAAUCAAUUUGAGUGCCAUCUUGGAAGGAAGGCGAAGGAAGUUAUGUGCACGGAUGUUUUAUGAAACUUUGGUUUUGAAAGAUCGUGGAUUGAUUGACAUUCAACAGGCUGAACCAUAUGGGGACAUUACUUUGAAGUUGACUUCUAGUCUUUCAAUGGCCAACAUCUGAGGCUGCAUUCAGAUGGAUAGGUCUUUAUGCCAAUUUUCUAAUUAUACAGUUGAAGUGUAUAGCAGCUCGAGUACAGACUUAUGUUCAGUCAUAAAUAGGGGGCUUGUCCGCGUGGUGCACAUUAUUUUUUAUACCAUGACAUGAUGCUAAAUUAUAGCACCACUCUUUAUUGUUUUAGGUGAUGAUCUUGCCUUGUAAUCUUUUGUUUAAUUAGGUCUCUUUUUGUAGUACUACCAUAUCAGAUGGAAGUUAUUGUAAAUUAUAGAAGUAAUAUUAGUACCACCCCAUUUUUGCAUA